GUGACUCAUUGCUACACUCCCGUGCCUGUUGGUCGAGCCCAAGGUAGGGCACCCUCCCAUCUUCACCGCACAUUCCUUUAAAAUUCACUGUAAUUUUCAGUGUGCACUGUCACUUUCAUUUUCUCCCCUAAACAUCAAGCAGCAACCGCAGCACAGAGGAGGGAGAGAGAGAAACAGAGCCAUCCACACCGCUUAACAGCUGCUCUUCCAUGGAAAAGUCCCAAGACCACUUCCCCCUGCGCAAGCGCCACGGCAGCGGUGGAACAAUAAUCGCAUCCUGUGCGCUCGCCGCCGGAUUCAUAAUCAUCUUUGCCGUCGGCCUCACUGUCGUCUUCUUCGUUCUAUUUCGUCCCCGCGACCCUGAGAUCCACAUCUCCGCCGUCAAUCUCCCGCAGUUCUCUUCGGCCAAUGGCACCGCAAAAUUCUAUUUCGCGCAGAACGCAGCCGUACGCAACCCUAAUCGCGCCGCCUUCUCCCACUACGAUAGCUCGCUCCAGGUUCUCUACGGCGGCGGCCAGAUCGGCUUCAUGUACAUCCCUGCCGGCGAGAUCGCUGGCGGCCAGACGGUAUACAUGUCAGCGAGCUUCCCCAUAAGCUCAUUUCCCCUCGCUGCGUCGGCGAAUGGAGGGAUAAUGGAGAUGGAAUCGAGGAUGAGGGUGAAGGGUAGGGUUAGGGUUUUGAUGUACUUCACGCACCACAUUGAGGCAACCGCAGGAUGCCGCGUUGGCUUCUCUUCCACAGACGGAUCGGUCCGUGGCUACGAAUGUUGAUAGCUGAUUUGAUCGGCUUGGAUGGAUCUGAUCGGAAGCAGAUGGCAAUUACUUAGGGUUUGCAAAAGUCGGAUAAAAAAGGGAGUAAAAUGAUAUUUAUAUGAUCGUAAUGCUGCUAUUUUGUGCUUUUGAGA